AGGACAAGUUGUGUGUGCAUCUUCCACCUUCUUCGUCUUCUUCUCUCUCUCCACUCCAGAAAAUCGCCCUCAGGUGGCAGACGAUAGAAUAAAAAGUUUUCUUUAUUUUUUCCCAUCCACUCACGAAGUGCUCUGCCCAGCAAGUGCAAGGUCACAGCCGGAAGACACAGUCACAGAGAAAGAGAGAAGAAAACUUCCUUCAAAAGUUGUGAAACGACAGCGUCCAACCGCCAGUCGGUGCUCAUCAGUCCAGCCGGAAUCAAGUCGCCUUCCUCCACUUCUACCAGAGUCCAUCGACAUUUCUUUUUGUAAUUUAUUCUCAAACUCGACUCCGAAAAAGUUUUGAAUUCCAACUUCCAAAAAGAUUUAACCGCAGAGAACUCAACAUGCGUUUCGCUAUUGCCGUGCUGUUGGCCACUGUCCUGGUGGUCCUGGACGCCGCCCCUUACAACAAACGUCAAUAUUACCCGUCCCAGUCGGGCUACUACCCCUCGUCGGCCUACUACGGAGGAGCGGCCGGUUACUCGGCUGAUGACUACUACAGCCCUUACGGAUCGGCUUCCGGCGGCUACUCCGGCAGCCCUUACUAUUCCGGCUACAACAGGCGCCAACCCGUCAACAGUUACCGCCCGACCGGCUACCGCUACCCGGGGUCACUCGGUUACCAUUCGGCCGCCUUCCCCGGAGUCUUUGGAUUUCCCAGGUGGAAUCCGUUCACCCGUUUCGGAUCAGCUCAACCGAAGCCAAAUCCUCAGGGCGUUAUCGCCGUCGUGGCGCCCAACGCCGGUCAAGAUUUGAAGGAUCAUGAACCUGUCGUCCUUGUCCUGGACCACGACGACGAUCUGCAACAGCACCAGGAGGAGGAAUUCGAUCUGACCAAGUUGGUCGGCAACUUCGUGCCCGCCACUACCAACGACGAGCAGGUCAAGGAACCCGAGCAACAGCCCGAACUCCAGGAACCGGCCAGUCAAGACGGAUUCUACGGAGCCGAGGCCCAGGCCCAGUUCGAAUCUGCCCAGGAGACCGAACAGGAUUUCGUCCAGCCAGAGCUCAGCCCCUUGGUGGUCCCCGAAGGAUUCGUCCACGAUGAGAAGCCAAAGCCCAUGGCCGCCGUUGAAGUUGUCCAGGAAGCCGAAAUCCAGCCCGUCGCUGUCGUCGCCGACCUGGCCGCCGAACCCGCCAAAAUUGAGGAGCCCGUCAAAGUUGAAGAACCGGUCCAGGUUGUUGAGGUCGCCCAAGAGGACGUCCAGGAAGUCGUCGAGCCCGUCCAGGUUGCCGUAACUGCUUUCCAGGUUGGAGAAACCGCUGCCGAACCAGUUCCAGUUGCCGAACCAGUUCCGGUCGCUGAACCCGUUCCGGUCGAGUCCGACAUCGUCCAGGUUCCAGUUGUUUCUCUCGGAGCCGAUCAGCCCGAGGCUGUUGUCGAAUUCGUGCCCGUCGAUCCAGUUUCCGAUGCCAAGGUCGAGGAAUCCGCCGCGGCCGUCGAGCCCGUCGCUGAGCCCGUCGCCGAGCCCGAACCGGUCGCUGCUGUCGUCGCCGAUGAACAAGUCGUCGAGAUGGUUCCAGUCGUCGCUCCAGUUGUCCAGGAAGAACAGGUCCCAGUUGUCGAAGAUGUCGUCCAGGUCGAUCCCCUGCCCGUCGUUACAGUUGAAGAGCAGAAACCACAGGAAGAUGUUGUCCCAUUCGUCGAGGCCGAAAAAGAAGCCGUCCAGGAAGCUGUUCCAGUCGCUGUUGAAGAUGAAGCCAAGCCGUCCCAGUUGGUGGUUCCAGUCGUCGCUCCAGUCGUCCAGGAAGAACGUCCACUCGUCGCUCCAGUCGUCCAGGAAGAACGUCCACUCGUUGCUGCUGAGGAGAAACCUGCCGAAGAUGUUGUUCCAGUUGUCGAGACUGAAAAGGUAGCCGUCCAGGAAGUUGUUCCAGUCGCUGUUGAAGAUGAAGCCCAGCAGCAAGUCGUCGAGAUGGUCCCAGUCGUCGCUCCAGUUGUCCAGGAAGAACAGGUUCCAGUUGUUGAAGAUGCUGUCCAGGUCGAUCCUCUGCCCGUCGUUGAAGUUGAACAGAAACCCCAGGAAGAUGUUGUUCCAGUCGUAGAAGUUGAAAAAGAAGCCGUCCAGGAAGUUGUUCCAGUCGCUGUUGAAGAUGAAGCCCAGCAACAAGUCGUCGAGAUGGUCCCAGUCGUCGCCGAGGUCGCCCAUGAAGAACAACAGGUCCCCCAUGUCGAACAUGUCGUCCAGGUCGAUCCACUUCCAGUUGAAGCCGAACAGAAACCCCUGGAAGAUGUUGUUCCAGUCGCCGAGCCUGUCCCAGCCGUCGUUGCCGAUGAGGUCCAGAAACCCCAAGAAGUCGCCGCCGAGGUCCCAGUUGUUGCUGCUGACGAGGCCCAGAAGCCCCAAGAAGUCGCCGUUGAGGCCGUCCAGGAAGUCGCCCAGGAAGUUGUUCCAGCCGUCGCUGCCGAUGAAGAGCAACAGAAACCAGCCGGACAACAGGAGAUCUGGAUUGAAGUCUCCCCGCCCGUCCAGCUCCAACCGGAAAGCGACUUUGUCCAGGUGAACGCUGGCCCAGACACUCCCAUCCAGCAGAAACCGGAAGUCUGGAUCCAAUCCGACGUCCCGACUCCCAGCAAAGUCAUCAACCAGCAAGAAACCGUUUUGGCCGUCCCAGACGCUGCUGCCGCCGCCGCCGUCCAGGCAACUCUCCUGGACAACUCCAAGGAAACCGAUUCCAAGGAGGACAACUCGACCGAAAAGCCCGAGCCGCCCGUCACCGACUCUGCCGAGGACAACUCGAACGAGAAGGUCCGCGUCGAGCUGGUCCAGUCGGCUCAGCCCGUCCAGAUGCCCCAGGCCGAUUCUCAGAUCAAAGUUCCAGUUGAGCAGCCGUUGAUCUACCGCGAAGAGAUUGUCGUCUCGUCCGGCAGCUUGGCCGUCGGUCACCAACAAGACGGACAGGUUUCCUUGAAGCCGGACGCCGUCAUCGCCAUCCCGGACCGCGUCACGGCCACUGAAGUCGAGGAACCCGCUCAAGUCGAGGCCGUCGAAACCGAGAAAGUCCAACAGCCCAUCGCCGACGACUUGAAAAUCGAACAGUCCGCCGUUGUUGUCGAACAGGAACAGGAGAAGGUUGCCGAACCCGCCGUCGUCGAGCAGGAGAAAGUUGCUGAACCCGUCGUUGCUGAGCAGGAAAAGGUUGCUGAACCAGUCGUUGCCACCGAAGAGGAGAAAGUUGCUGAACCCGUCGUCACCGCCGAGGAGGAGAAGGUUGCUGAACCCGCUGUCGUAGAGCAAGAGAAAAUUGCCGAACCCGUCGUUGCUGAGCAGGAAAAGGUUGCUGAACCCGUCCUGAUUGAACAGGACAAAGUUGCUGAAACCGUCGUUGCUGCUGAAGAAGAGAAGGUUGCCGAAACCGUCGUCGCCACCGAAGAGGAGAAAGUUGCUGAACCCGUCGUCGCCACCGAAGAGGAGAAAGUUGCUGAACCCGUCGUCGCCACCGAAGAGGAGAAAGUUGCUGAACCCGCCGUCGUAGAGCAGGAGAAGGUUGCCGAACCCGUCGUUGCAGCUGAAGAAGAGAAGGUUGCCGAACCCGUCGUCGCCGCCGAACAGGAGAAAGUUGCCGAACCCGUUGUCGCCACAGAGGAGGAGAAAGUUGCCGAACCCGACGUCGUAGAACAGGAGAAGGUUGCUGAACCCAUCGUCGCCACCGAAGAGGAGAAAGUUGCUGAACCCGCCGUCGUCGAACAGGAUAAAGUUGCUGAACCCGUUGUUGCUGAGCAGGAAAAGGUUGCUGAACCCGUCAUCGCCGCCGAAGAGGAGAAAGUUGCCGAACCCGCCGUCGUAGAGCAGGAGAAGGUUGCUGAACCCGCCGUACCAGCAGCCGAUGAGACCAAGAAGGGCACCGACUGCAAAGUCGAGUACAUCCUGGUCAGCGACGCCUCGCCGGAAGCGCUGGCCGCCGCCGCCGAAGAGAAGCGCCAACAACAGCAACAACCAGAGUCCGCCGUGGUUGUCACAUCCGCCGACUCCGCCGACGAGCCGAAACCCGCCUCCGCCCGUUUCGAGUCGCGAGUCAACAGCCGCACAAAGUCCAAAUUCGGUUUGAGAUCCCUCGGUCGCCGGAUCAUCAAAUUUUAAAAUUUUAACACAAAAUUAAAAAAAGCCACGCCCCCUUUUAAUCAACCCCCACCCCCUCGAUAAAAAAAGUGCCUUUGAUCAAAGAAAAAAAAAAAUUUCAUUUUUGAUCCGAUUAAAAAAUUCGAAAAAAUAUUUUGGAGACCACACCCACAACACGCCAUCCAGCCACGCCCCUUUUAUAAAAAUCUCCAAAAUAUUUUUUUGAUCCAAGUGUCUCGAUGAUGAUUUUCCAUUGAUGAUUGAUUUAAUUUUUUAUUUAAACUUUCAGCAAAUUCGUUUUCCCUCUAAAAGUUAUUUUUUAAAAAUCGAAUUUAAACUUUUUGAUCGGUUUUUUACCCAUGUUUCACGCUCACGAACACAAAAUCAGCGAAAAAUUUUUCUUUUUUUUGGGACGGGAUUUUUAAAGAAAAACUAAAAAAACAAAAAAUCCCCAGUCGAAAGUUCGCGCGCCCACAGCGUGAAAAGAGACGAAAAAACAAAAUUUGUCGGUGAUUGGUUAUUUAAAAAAACAAAACAAACAAGCGCAUUCUCUCCAGCACACCAUUUCUGGCGUUCUUAAUUAUUAUUAUUAUUAUUUAAAAGUUUCUAAAAAUUUCUUUUUUUCUUCCUUUACAAAAUGUUCCAUUGCGUGUGUGUUUUUGAGAAUUGCAACCCCGCCUCCCGUUUUUUUCUCCACCUUAUCGCCCCUCCCCCAACCCCUCAUGUUAACAUGUCGUUCGAUUUUCACUAAUCGUUAAUUAUUAUAAUACACACUGUGUUCCGGAUUCAUAAAAA